CCGACCAUGAGUCGUUGUUGUUGUUGUCACAAUUGCCUCAUCUAAAGCCCCGCCACUCGUCUCCUGUUCGCCACCGGGAUCAUAAAAAGGACCCAUAACCCAUAUCUAUUUGAAAAUGUCCCAAACGACCACACCAGACGAAGCGACCCUGAACGCCAUCCGCCAGAGACUCAUGGAGACUGGCGAUUGGGAGCGGAUACAAAAGCUCCUCCGAGCGCACUUGGAAGAGAGCGGAUGGGUGGAUGAUCUCAAGGACCUUGCCAAAGAACGCGCGAGGGCUCAAGAGAUGCCAAACCUUGAAGCACUCGUCAAAGAGAUUAGCGAGAAUGCUGCCGGUAUGGUCAACGAAUCUGUGAGGAGGGAUGUGACGGUGGAGAUUGAGAGUGUGCUGGAUCGUGAAGUAGAUCAGGCUUAGAUGUGCUGCGGGGCGUUUGGCGAGGGGCUUGUGUAUAAAGACUUUCCGGGCAGGACUGGGAAUUUGUCAUGUUGUAAUGAAUAUAGCUGUCAUGAUAUGUUUGAUCGUGUG